GAGAGAGAGAGAGGCUCGAGUUUACAAACUUUCCAUCGGGACACAAACUCCGUCAGCGUUACGGAGGAAUAACUCUCCAAACUCUCAAUGCGGGACAACAUCACAUACACUUUUAUAGCUUUAUUACAACUUUUUAAAGACUUUGAAUAACUUUUUUUAAGUAGACCGAAACUACUUUUUCCAAAGAAAAAAGAAAAGAAAAAAAGAAGGAAAAAACAGGCCCAGGCAAAAAACUUCCUACAGAUUCCAGGAUUCUUUUAUAAUCGAGUAUUUUCAUACUCUUUUCGGGGUUUGCGCAUUUUAUAUCGAACAUAAUGAGCAGUAACCCUCUCCAGCCGUUACCGGGCCAGCAGGUGAUCCAUGUCGCCAAAGACCUCGACACGGAUCUGGAGGCUCUGUUUAACUCGGUGAUGAACCCCAAGCCCAGCAGCUCCUGGAGGAACAAGCAUCUGCCCGAGUCGUUUUUCAGAGAGCCGGACUCGGGCUCGCACUCCCGGCAGUCGAGCACGGACUCCGGCAGCCUCCCUCCGCGCUGCCCGGUGGCGCACGUCCGCUCGCACUCGUCCCCGGCGUCACUGCAGCUGCCCGCGGCCGCGCUGGGCGCUCCGAGCCCCGGGAGACACCACUCUCACACCCGCCACCAGUCCUUCGAUGUGGCCGAGGAGCUGCCGCUGCCGCCCGGCUGGGAGAUGGCGUACACCCCCAGCGGACAGAAGUACUUCCUCAAUCACGUUGAGAAGAUCACUACUUGGCAUGACCCCAGGAAGACCAUGACACCCUCAGUAAACCAGAUGGGUCUGCACAAUCAAGCCUCCAACAACGGCAACAUACAGCAGCGCUCCAUGGCCCUCUCUCAACCCAACCUCGGACAGUUGCCCGAGGGCUGGGAGCAGGCCGUCACCCCUCAGGGAGAAACAUACUUCAUUGACCACAAAACCCAAAGCACCUCAUGGCUGGACCCGCGGGUGGUGCUGAGCCAGCAGGCCCAUCAGCAGCACCUCCAGCAGCAGACGCAGCCGCAGCAGCAGGUCCCGGUCCAGGUCCAGGUCCAGGGUCCCCAGCAGCAGAGCUCUCAGCCCAUGAUGACCAUGAGCAGCCCCAUGAGCGCCCAGCAGCACCAGCAGAAGAUGAGACUCCAGCGCAUCCAGAUGGAGCGAGAACGCAUCCAGAGGAGACAGGAGGAGCUCCUCAGACAGGAGGUGGCGCUCCGGCAGCUGCCCAUGGACUCUGAUAAUAUGGCAGCAAACAUCAGCUCUCCACCAAUGACGCAGGGCAACAUGCCCAACAACAGCUCUGACCCCUUCCUCAACAGCGGGCCGUAUCACUCGCGGGAGCAGAGCACAGACAGUGGGCUGGGACUGGGCUGCUACAGCAUCCCCACCACUCCAGAGGACUUCCUCAACAGCAUGGAGGAGAUGGACACAGGUGAGAGCAUGGUGCCGGUCAGUAUGAGCGUCCCAGCGCAGAGCCGUUUCCCAGACUUCCUGGACUCCAUGCCUGGCACCAACGUGGACCUGGGCACCCUGGAGGGAGCCGACCUCAUGCCCAUCCUCAACGACGUGGAGUCGGUUCUGAACAAGAGCGAGCCCUUCCUCACCUGGCUCUAGACUCGCUCACACCACACUAAAGACUCUUUUAUAUAAAUACAUAUAUUAUAUUAUAUAUUCAAUCAGCCUCUUCCUCCAGUUUUAGGUGUCAGAUUUGUUCCCUCACUCCACCACGAGUCGAAGAACAAUACCAAAGUGUUUAGCCUGCGAACAAACGAACGAGCGAGCGCGCAUCAAUCGAAGCGUAGUGGAGGAAGACAAGAGUGUUUGUUCAGUAGAUUUAGUUCUGACUGUUUGUGUUCAGAACGAUCACGUUGAUAGCAGAAACAGCUCAAUAGUGUUUUGAUCUUGUUUAACAGGCACGCUUGUGUGUUUAACCCAGAGUUAGAGCUAGUCAAGCUUUAGCGGGUGAGUCUCACCGAACCUGUCAACAACGUAUGCAAGCUUAUUUCCGCCAAGGAAUAACAUUAUCAGAAAGUAGUCGCGACUUUAUUCACAAAUUAAACUUUUUCUUGCAAUUGUAAAUUUGUGUCUCGCAAUUCUGCAUGUAGUCAGGUGUCUGAAAGUGUAACUGAGAAUUUUGAGAAAACAACGCCAAAAUACGAGAUUUAAACACCCAAUUGUAAUAAAUAAAAGAUAGCAUUGUUUACAAAAUGACAAUUCACAAUAUUGAUGUUUUUCUCAUAACUGAGAGUUUUCUUCGUAAUUUGGAAUUUUUCUUAGAAUGGCAUGUUUUCUCGUUCUCUUGACUUUCUCAGAAUUUGCGAAUUUACUUCUCAGAAUUCUGAUGUUUUUCUCAGAAUUGUGAGUUCACUUUGAAAAUUCUGAAUUUUGUUCUUAGAAUUGUGUUUAAUUCUCGUAUUUUGGACUUCUAUCAGAAUUGUGGGUUUAUAACUCGCGAUUUCAAGAUAUAAACUUGCAAAUUCCAAAUUAUUAGAAAUAUAUAUUUGGAUCAGUAACAACAAAUAAAUCCCUAAAGAAAGUUAAGCCAGUUUUAUAGGACCAUUAGGAUAUUUUGAAUAUUAAUUAAGCACGUUAGAUAGCACAUUAAAACACUAAUGCGAGUCAUGACAGAGAAUAAGAAUUAAGAACAAACUCAACAGAACAAUCAAAAAAAAAAGUUUUUGUAUGACAGUAAUGCAAAUCGAGUUUUGUCUGUGUUUGUUUUUGAUUUGGAUGUUAUCAUUUCUCAAGGGUGUUUGAUAAUCAGAAGAUCACAGCGGUCCUUACGUUUUCAUGAGAUUCACCCUGCUUUUUCACUUUUUUGCCAAAUCAGUAGCACAUGUGUGCCUGUCAAAGCUUUACAUUGUGACUUUAUAUCCAACAAGUAACUAUUUCAGAUGUGUUUUACUCUUAUUCCAGUUUAGCUGUUGUGUGAAGCUCAUGAUGGCAUUUGUAGACAAGCGUUGUUUCAUAUCAUAUAUGUUUUUAUGUACUGCUACAGUAUUCCUAUUCUCUAUUCUGUGCUCUUGACAUCUGGUGCAUUGAAUUAGUUUGCAGUUUCGUAUUUAUCAAGAGCUAUGAACUUCUUUUUAAAUAGUUUUUAGAUCUGUUUUCCUUUUUUUCAGGAAUUUUUAAUGUUUUCGAAGCACUACGAAUAAUGCCAAUACUGAUCUAGUCCCUCGAUAUCUUCGGGGGAAUAUCUAUCUACAAGUAUUUUCUGAUACCAGAGAUAAUUUCGCCUUCAUUUGGAUGAUUUUUGGGGCAGACACUUGCUUUUUUUUCUUGAUUUUAGUACCCCGCCUGAAAUCCAGUUCAAUAUAUGAACAUAAAUAUGUUUUUUUUUCUACACAGGUCUAAUUUUUUUGUAUUGCAUGUUUGAUCUGUUUGAUAUUCAUAGCAUGGAGGGUGUAUAGACCCACUCCGCCGUGAUUUCUUUAUUGUUGAUGGUUAUGUUACAGAUGGGUUAUGAUGAAUUGGAGUGUGUUGGAUUUGUGGAUUGGGCAGGAGGGGUGUUUUUUAGUCGCUGUAGGUCAAACUGAGCUCAUGACGUCCUUCAUGAGGACCGAACGGUUAAGUAGCGGGUCAAAAAGAGCCGAUACCAGCUGUUCUCCAGCCCGAGUGACCUCAGAGACGUCCAACUCGAUGGCUUUCUUCAGUUUGGGACAACUAAGGUUGAGUUUCGGUGUCUUGAGUGACACUCAGAAAGAGGGACCUUUUAAUGAUUGAAACAAUUUUCUAUGAUAUAAACUGCUUUUCCAGAAACUAAAUCAUGCAAUAUCCCACGGAGUUGAAUAUAUGGCUUCAGAUACGUAAAAUGCUGAUUUUAUUUUGCUGUGAGAUGAAAUCUGGUGUGUCGUCUGAUGCCAGACUUAUGUAGCGCUCGACACUUCGGCAUGCUUUAGGUUUUGUAAGAUUGAAUGUUUGCUGGAAAGCUCAGAAAACAAACACAGAAAUAUGAUGGCGGUGAACUGUACGUGACAAUUGUGGUUGUAACCUCUAAGAAAUCUCUUAAAUUGUCAGUGAAAUCAAAAAGGAAAGAAUAAAAUGGUUUUAUCAGCA